ACCUUUUAAAUUUUAAAUAUUUAUCUAAACAAUAAUAGUUUUUUUAAUUAUUAUAAUUUGAUAUUUUAUUGUUAUAUGAAAUAUAUAAAAUAUAUAAAAAUUUUUAAAAUAAAUUUCCAAACAAUUUUUUGUUUCAAAAAGUUUGAUUUUCUUUCUAAACAUGUGAAGUAAAUUUAUUAUUUAAAAAAAAGUUUCAAAUACCAUAAUAGGAAGUGAUAUUUUGAUUUAUUGCUUUUUCACUAUAAAAUAAAAAUUAUUUGAACUCUACCAAAUCCUAUUUGAUAUAUUUUACUACCAAAUCCAUAUUUUUAGGUUAGUUUUGCAUUUGAUUCAAGUUCGGAUAUAGGUUUGCAUUUCAAAUCAAGUUUUGAGUCAUAUUUGGCAAAUUCUCCUCUAAUCAAUGAGAAUUGUAAAGGUUUAUUUAAUAGUAAUUUUUAUUUUUAAGAAUUUUGAUCAUAAAUAUGCUACUAAAAAGUUUAAUUAGCCAAGAAAAAUUUAAAAGUAGAAAUGAUGUUAAAAUAACAAAUUGAAAAAAUAUAAAUUUUAUAAAAUUACUGAAUAUUAACUGAAAAUAAUUAUAUGAUAGUAAUUUUAUAUUUCUUAAAUCCUAAACAAAAUAUAAUUUUUAAGGAUUAUGUAAUAGCAAUUUUCCUAUCCUAAACUCUUAAAAGGAAAACUUAAAAGAAAAAAUAUUUGUACUUUAUUUUUGACACAUAUCACUAUUUUAAUUAUUUUAUUGACACAUAUCGCGAUCAUGUUUAUUAACAACUUUGAAAAACCAAGCUUUAUAUAAUCUCUUAACUAAAAUAGAAUAUCUUUAUAUAAUCCUAGACAAAAUAUAAUUGUAAAUAUAGGUAAUAUUAAUUUCAUUUUCUAAAACAAAAAAAACAUUGUAAAGAAUAUUUGAUACUCUUUGUUUUCUUCUUAAAGUCCAAAGCAAAAGAGACUUGUAUCAUAUUUUUAAGUCCUAAAUUUUUAAGUCCUAAACAAAAAUAGAAUUGUAAAACUUAUCUGAUAAUAUUUUUAAGGGAGAAUUUAAUGAUGAACAUGAUACAAAAAUUAUUUAGUUAACCAAAGAAGUACAAAAAUAAUAUUGAUAUGAAUUGUAAAAAUAGUAAUUUUAAAAUUAUUUAAUAGUAACUAAAAAUAAAUAUUUUCUAGCAAUUUAAUGUUUCUGAAAUUCUAAACAUAAGAUAAUUGUAAAAGAUUAUAUGAUAGUAAUUUUCCUUUUCUAAAAUCUUUAAAUGGUAUUUGAUAUUUUUUAUUUUUCUCUGUAAAUAAAAAUGAGAUUUAUAAAAUAGAAUUUAAACAUCCUAACAAAAAAAUUAAAACUUAGUUAAUAGUAAUUUAAAAAAAAAAGAAUUCGAUGAAAAGCAUGAUGCUAAAACUAUUUAAUUAAAAAAAUAAAACAUUACGAUGUCGUCGUGAUUGAUAUUUAAAUGUGUUUCUUCAUACGAAAGUCAAUAUAUAUUUUCAUGUUUGGAAAUAGGAAGUAGAUUUUUAUUAUUGUCACCGUAAGUGAUCUUUAUAUGCAUUUUAUUAAAAACAAAUCAAAGUUCAUCGUCAUCUUAUUAUAUUUUUUGUUUCUAAUAUGUAGUAUUUUCUACUUCAUUUUUUAAUUAAAAUGUUAUUACAUAAAUAUGUCAAGAAAUAAUAAAUUAAUAAAAUUAUUAAUAUCAGAUAAGUUUAAUAUAACAUUAAAGUAGUAUAUAAAAAUGUAUAAUGUUUUCAUUGACUCGAUUGACCUUAUUUAAAUUUUUAUUUAUUUUUUUCAUUAUAAUUCUUACUUCAAAUUGGGUCCGGUUUAAAUUUUUAAACAUGAGUAUAUGCUCUAGCCCUAAGUACAAAAUUGAUAAUAAUUCAUAUAUGCACCAUAGUUAUAAAAUACAAAUGUUAACUAGAACUUAUGUGUGAUAAUGACUUUUAGUAAUAAUAAAAUAAGUCUCACAUAACAUAUGUAAAAACAAUCCUAAAACUACAAGAUACUCUUAUGCUUUUUAUUAAAUUAAAACAUCAAACAAAACUUGUUCCAACGCACAAGCUCAUAUCUAGUAUUUUAUUAGGACAUACUAUAUAUACAACCUACUUUUAACAGCCCUAGUCUUAAGGUUGAAGUUGCUUUACAACAAAUAAUCUCGAUAUUACUAAAGCAAGGCUUGUUUAGACUGGUUUCCCCGCUACCACCCGCAAACGCAGCUUUUGCGGUUGGUUUUUGCGGGUGGUAGCGGUUGAUAACGUUUCGAAACAAUUUUACAAACCGCUACGCUUCAAACUGUUCCGAACCUCUUAAAAUCAAAAGCUGGUUUCACUAGGUGAAAUAUUAAAUUUGUUUAAUAUGAAAUCCUUUUAAACAAGGAAAAAUAUUUUGAUUUAUAGAUGGAAUCAGAGUAACUUACAAAACAAGGGAUUCGAAAAGGGUUAGGCCUUUCUCUUACCUAAGAUGUUUUUAUUAGGGUUCUUGUUGCUGCAUCUUAUCUGGCUUCAUUCACAUAGGUUUUGUCUGGUUCAUAGGGAUGUUGUGUACAGGGUUAGGGUUAAGCCCUUCCUUGUGUAAUAUAAACCCAGUCCUGUUUUAACCCAACCCUAUUUUAACCCUACUUUUUGAUAAGGGUUAGGGUUGGACCAGGGUUAGCCCAUUUAAUUUUUUUACAAGUCAAUAAUUUUUUGCAUAUCAAAUUCAACUUAAAUUUAAAUGUUAAAAUUGCAAAUAAGAUCAUGUAAAUGCAAAAUGUGUCUUUUAUUCAUUUUUGUCUUUCACUGAAAUUAAAAACCAAAGUUAACAUUCAUUAAUGUAAAUGCAAAGUAUAACUCUUGGACCUCUUGGUCUUGGGCACAACUUUGUAGCUACUUUAACAAAUAGAACUUUACUCAAACUCUCAAGUCAGCCAACACUUCUUGUUCUCCAAGUCUCUUGAGUCUCUUCACACUCGUUGCUCUGCAACAAGGCAACAACAGAAUCAGUUUAUCACAGAAACCCACAACGUAACGAGUAUAUUAUUAAGCUGAUCUCAGAGUGGAAACUCGCUAGCUAAAGACACAACAUGGAAAAGACAAAAAUAUAUACUUAAACCAGACAGUAAGCUACAGUCUCAGACAGCAAGAUACAGCCUACAGUCUACCAAACAGCAAGCUAUAAUCUGAGACGAAACAAACAAAAAGUAAUCAUCCUAAUGUGAAUUGUCUAAUAUCACAAGAAAUUGAUCAGAGACGUUAAACACAUGAACAAUGAUUCAUACUAACCAAAAUCAGAUUUUUCUCAAAGCUACCAAUUUUAUUUUUGUUUUUGGCUUUAGAAAGCAAAAUACAUAAAACACUUAUAUCUCAAUUCUACAAACCCACAUACCCUAGAGAUCGAUUUCAGCAAACCCACAAACCCACAAACCUAGAGAUCGAUUUUAACAAACCCAGAAAGUGCUUGAAUCGUCACAGAUCGAGUAGUUUCAAUUUUGUCUCAUUACAAACCCAUAAGCAAAAGAUCUCACCAUAUUUUGCUAGCUAAGAACAAAGAACAUUCUUCAAAUGUACCUGCUUCUGCAGUACACUCAAAAACCAUAGAACAUAUCAUUAAAAAUCACAGUGGAACCAGUAGGGAUGUUAAAAUGGGCUUUUUCCAAUAGGGUUAGCCCUGCCCGCUUCUGAUUUCAUAACCCUAAACCCGUUAAUUUUUGUUUGGGUUAAAUUAGGGCCGUCUAAUUUUAGACGCGGAUUAACCCUAAACCCGUUAUUAAAAAAAAAAAAAAAGUAAACAAAGAUACAUCGUUUCUUCUCUCAACUUUCUCUCACCAUCUCAUCAUCGUCGUUUCUUCUCUGGACUCACGAUCUCAACCAGAGACGAGAUCCCAUUAACACCUCACCAUCUCAUCUCAUCUCAUCAUCGUCGUCACUCGUCAGUCGUCAACCAGAGUCCAGAGACGAGAUCCCAAUCGUCUCAUCUCAUCACGGUCACAGUCAGAUCAGCAAGCAGGUACAUUUGAAGAAUGUUCUUUGUUCUUAGCUAGCAGAAUAUGGUGAGAUCUUUUGCUUAUGGGUUUGUAAUGAGACAAAAUUGAAACUACUCGAUCUGUGACGAUUCAAGCACUUUCUGGGUUUGUUAAAAUCGAUCUCUAGGUUUGUGGGUUUGUGGGUUUGCUGAAAUCGAUCUCUAGGGUAUGUGGGUUUGUAGAAUUGAGAUAUAAGUGUUUUAUGUAUUUUGCUUUCUAAAGCCAAAAACAAAAAUAAAAUUGGUAGCUUUGAGAAAAAUCUGAUUUUGGUUAGUAUGAAUCAUUGUUCAUGUGUUUAACGUCUCUGAUCAAUUUCUUGUGAUAUUAGACAAUUCACAUUAGGAUGAUUACUUUUUGUUUGUUUCGUCUCAGAUUAUAGCUUGCUGUUUGGUAGACUGUAGGCUGUAUCUUGCUGUCUGAGACUGUAGCUUACUGUCUGGUUUAAGUAUAUAUUUUUGUCUUUUCCAUGUUGUGUCUUUAGCUAGCGAGUUUCCACUCUGAGAUCAGCUUAAUAAUAUACUCGUUACGUUGUGGGUUUCUGUGAUAAACUGAUUCUGUUGUUGCCUUGUUGCAGAGCAACGAGUGUGAAGAGACUCAAGAGACUUGGAGAACAAGAAGUGUUGGCUGACUUGAGAGUUUGAGUAAAGUUCUAUUUGUUAAAGUAGCUACAAAGUUGUGCCCAAGACCAAGAGGUCCAAGAGUUAUACUUUGCAUUUACAUUAAUGAAUGUUAACUUUGGUUUUUAAUUUCAGUGAAAGACAAAAAUGAAUAAAAGACACAUUUUGCAUUUACAUGAUCUUAUUUGCAAUUUUAACAUUUAAAUUUAAGUUGAAUUUGAUAUGCAAAAAAUUAUUGACUUGUAAAAAAAUUAAAUGGGCUAACCCUGGUCCAACCCUAACCCUUAUCAAAAAGUAGGGUUAAAAUAGGGUUGGGUUAAAACAGGGCUGGGUUUAUAUUACACAAGGAAGGGCUUAACCCUAACCCUGUACACAACAUCCCUAUUGACGAGUGACGACGAUGAUGAGAUGAGAUGAGAUGGUGAGGUGUUAAUGGGAUCUCGUCUCUGGUUGAGAUCGUGAGUCCAGAGAAGAAACGACGAUGAUGAGAUGGUGAGAGAAAGUUGAGAGAAGAAAUGACGUUUCUUUGUUUACUUUUUUUUUUUUUUUAAUAACGGGUUUAGGGUUAAUCCGCGUCUAAAAUUAGACGGCCCUAAUUUAACCCAAACAAAAAUUAACGGGUUUAGGGUUAUGAAAUCAGAAGCGGGCAGGGCUAACCCUAUUGGAAAAAGCCCAUUUUAACAUCCCUACUGGUUCCACUGUGAUUUUUAAUGAUAUGUUCUAUGGUUUUUGAGUGUACUGCAGAAGCAAUAUCAAUGACUUGCCUGUAUUUACUGGUGAAGAUAUUGUCACACAUUCCGACAAAAGAUGUCGUGGCUACAAGUCUACUGUUUAAACGAUGGGAGUUUCUAUGGACGUACAUGAAGAGACUGGAAUAUGAUCAAGAAUAUCAGUUUGGUAAGAGAAUUGGGUUUUCAAGAUUUGUAGACAAGUCUCUGCUUUCACAUCAGCAUCCUAUUCUCGAAAGCCUCCAUUUCAAAUUCAAGACAGGAUAGAGAGAUUGGAUUGUGGAUUCGAACUGCAGUUAGGCGUGGAAUACCCGAGCUUACACUCGAAUGUGGUGAUAUCUUGAUCCAACUACCAUUAAGGUUGCUUACAUGCAAAACACUUGUGAUCUUGGAUCUCAAAGGUUGGAUCGAUCUGAACAUUCCUGUGACUGCCUCUCUACCUUCACUUAUGACUCUUCACAUUGUCCUCCUGAGGAAAUCAAAUUAUGAACACUUUUCUAGGAUUUUAUCAAGUUUUUCUCUUCUUGUUGAUCUCAUGGUGGAACAAAGAACAAGUACUGCUAUAUCAACGCUUGAUAUUGCAGUACCUUCAUUGCAGAGAUUGUUCAUUAGAACAGUAACUAAAAAGGACAAUGGCUUAAGAUAUUCUCCACACGAAAAGUCUAUUCCAAAGGUUAUGAUAAAUGCUCCUUGUUUGAAGUACUUAAACAUUGAUGACCGGGGUAACGACUUUAAUGUCAUUAAGGACUUGACUCAAGUGGUAGAGGCAAUUCUAUAAACGCCAAACAAACAUCUACCAAAGUUUUCCUCAUGUAUCUAACCAGCUCGAUCAAGCGUCUUUUGUUAUAUUCACUGAGAUUGGAGGUUAUAAUACAUCACUCAAUUGGUCCUUUUUUUUUUUUUUUUUGAACACGAAUCACUCAAUUGGUCCUAGUUAUCGUUUAUUUAAACCAUUAGCACCUUAAAGCUUUUUCUCCCCUUUCAGGAUAUGGAUCCUAGUAUCUUCUGUAAGCUUGUAAACUUGGAGUUAUGCACAUCUACAUGUGGGUGGUUGAAGUUACUUGCUAACUCACGUCUCAAGCUUUUCAAUGUGAUGUAGAUUCCACAACUUUGAUUUAAAUUAUAUGUUCUUUUAGUUUUGGUUCUCAUUAUAAUAGAAUGUUUUUUUCACUCUGGUCUUAGAAGCAUUCUAACUCGUGGGUCCGUCCACUGGAUCGUUGGGACGUGCCGAGCUGUGUUCCGGAAUGUAUGAUGUCCAGUCUUUAGAGUGGAGAGGAUACUUAGAAAUAGAUAUCUCCUGAAGCAUUCGCUGUGUUUGAGGACGGUGAAAUUAACUCCUAACAAGAAAUGCAUCAGAUGGUCGAGGUCUUAGCUUUUGUAUUAAUAGGUUCAAAGACAUGCAAACUUGUGUUUGGUUAUGAAGUUACUGUGCUAUAUAAAGGACAUAUGAUGUUGCAUUUGCACUCAAUUUUCUUACAGGUAGAGUAAAGAAUUAUGGAGCUCAGAAAUGUUGAAAUAUCUUUUUACUGAUGAUGCUAUAAAUAUUUUAUAACACAGUUAGAGAUUCUUAUGUUCUCUAAAAUAUCUGAUUAUUUGAAUCGAGAGAGAUUUUCAUAUUAUUGGACAGUGUUUGAGAACUCGAAGUCUUGGACCGUACGUGUUUGAGUAAUUUCAGAAGUGUUUUACACCACCUUAGGGUGCAUGUACGGAGAGCUCUAGAUGUUAAGAUGAAGAAAGAAAAUGACAGGAGGAGAUAAACCCUGUCAAUCUAAGCAAAUAUUUCGGAUAAUGUAAUGAGACAAAGAAAAGCUUAUGUUUCUCACCUGGUCAGUGGCACAACGGAGACAAAGAUGUCACACUGGAGCAAAGAUUAAAUCAAAUUCUAAGGUUGAUCAUAAAUAGUGUGGAUGUUCGCCAUGACCAAAUUAGACCUAGAUUCCAAUUUUAAGUAUCUCACAAUCUUAAAGUUGAAACCUAUGCAUGACUUGGUCAAUGUUCGCAUUUGUCGGAACUUAUUUGCCAAGAUUCUCGUUUUUUUAUAUUUCGGAAAAAACAAAAAUAAUAAUUUUAUUAAAAUUAAAAAUAUGUGUUUUCUCGUUAAAAUCACGAAUAUUAAUAUAUGUGUAUAUAUAUAUAUGAUUAUAUAUAUAUGAGUGUGAUACUUAUGUAACUUAAAAUAUACCUACUUAAAUGUUAUAUUUAUUUAAGCCAUUUUAAAAAUAUAAUCAUAUGCUUCAUUCUUUCUCAAUAUGUUAUAUCAAGAUGCUAUUUAAAUUAACAUAAAUUAACAUAAAUUAACAUCUAGUUAUGUAAGAACUAAAAGUUAAUAGUAAAAUAAAAUAAUGUUAAAUGCAAUAUCUCUAAAUGCAACAUCUGAAUACAACGGUUGACGGUAAGACCAAAUAAUCUUUACAUGCAAUGUCUCUAGAUGCAACAUCUGAUUACAACGUUUAGCUAGAAAAACGACCAAGUUAAUUUAAUGUCUAGGAAAUCCUGAGUAGAUGAACCUAGUUCUACAUUCAUUUGAUGUCACAAAAGGUAAGGAAGACCAUUAGAAGAAUUCAAUCAAACUGAAUACAAACAAUUUGACCAAAAUAUUAAGUUGAUAACUACUGAACGACGUUAGUAAUCUCUUUAAGAGUCAUCAUUUAGAUUCUUUACAUUUAUGUAGCUGUGUGUAUAAAUAUGAUGAAACCAUAACUGAAAAGACUCAUCUCACACCUUUUGUUAAUUCAAGCAUUUGCAGCGUUUUGUUGAGUUUCUCCCCUUUUUUUGUGUUACUCCGUUUUUGUUUGUCAUUUUAUAACUUCUGGAGAGAAAUUUAAAAGAAAAACAUAUUUUUUGUUUACCUCUGAGAGACAUGGACAAGAUUAGUAGGUUUCCUGAUGAACUGCUAGUGAAGGUGUUGACAUUUCUUCCAACAAAAGAAGCUGUGUCCACUAGCAUUUUAUCGAAACGAUGGGAGCAUCUCUGGAAGUGGUUGCCAAAACUUGAGUAUGAUGAUCAACAUUACUCAGAGUCUGAACGAAAGAGGCUACGGUGUUUCAUUGUCAGAAGUUUGCCUCUACAUAAAGCCCAUGUUAUUGAAAGCUUGCGUCUCAAGUUAAGCAAUUAUUUUAAACCUCAAGUUAUCAAAUGGAUCGUUGCAACUGCGGUUUCUAGGAACGUACGUGAGCUGGAUAUCUCUUAUUCUUCUUAUCCGGAGAAGUUAAACACAUUGCCGAGUAACUUGUAUACCAGCAAGUCACUUGUGGUUUUGAAACUCAGUGAUUGGAUUCUCUUGGCUGUUCCUCCUAUGGUUUGUCUUCCAUCUCUGAAGACUUUGCAACUUCAACAAGUGGCUUACUUCAAUGAAGAAUCUCUUCAACGACUUUUAUCUAAUUGCCCUGCUCUUGAAGAACUAAAAGUGGACAUAUGGAAGGAUGACAAUACAAGGAAGUUCACUAUCGUUGUCCCAUCGUUGCAGCGUUUAUCACUCUUUAUACCCUUUGAUUAUGGUAUUGAUGGGCUUGUGAUAAAAACACCUUCUCUAAAGUAUUUCAAACUUCGGAUUCAUAGUAGUAUUAGUCACUACUGCUUGGUUGAGCAUAUGCCUAACUUGAUCGAGGCAUAUAUAGAUGUUGAGUUCCCUGAUAUCAAGAGUCUUAUUGAAUCAAUCACAUCUGUCAAGCGUCUUGAAAUAUGCUUAGAGGUUCUGUAUGAAGAAGGAAUUGUAUUCAGCCAGCUUGAGCAUUUGAAGCUAUGUCGAUGCAAAGACUGUACAUCGAAUCUACUUGUCAGGCUUCUCAAAGAUUCUCCUAACUUGCGAGUACUAGACCUUUAUGAAAUGAUCGAUCAUUACUAUUGUGGCAUUAUUCCGUGGAAUCCACCAAGUACUGUUCCUGCAUGCAUGUUGUCGAGUCUACAAAUUUUUAACUGGUCGGCAUACUCAGGAGUACCAGGAGAGAGAGAUCUCGCGAUUUACAUGUUGAAAAAUGCUAGUCACCUAAAGACUGCAACAAUCUUGUCUGAUGAAUGUGAUAUUCCGGAACUUGAGAUGUUAAAGGAGUUGGCAUUUUCUUCCAGAGCUUCAACUACAUGCGAAUUCAUGUUUGAUUGAGCAUACUUCUCGCACUCAUAUCUUCUUCUUUUUUAUAAACUUGCAUCUAAAAAGAAC